AUGGCACUUUCAAGUUUGGAACAAAAAAGACAAGAGAACAUAAGGAGAAAUAAGGAGCUAUUGUCGAAAUUAGACCUUGAUGCUCUUUCUAAUGGUAUUUCUCGUGAUAUUGAAAAGUCAAAACCUUCACAACCCAUAAGAAAGAAGAAAGUUGUCAAGCCAAAAACAGAGACCAAGAGAGAGGUUGAGCCUUCAAGAAGAUCUCGACGUCUAGCUGGAAUCCAGUCAGAACUUGAGAACCCAGAGGAAGCUGCCAGAAUCAGAGAGGAGGAAGAGGAGAAAGAGCGUCGAAAGAGAGAGUAUGAAGCCUUGAAGAGGACUAAACUCUUUGGGGAUUUCCAUUUGAUUGAUCUCAUCACUGAUCGUAAAAGUGGUGACAUGCUAUUUGAGGAUAAGGUCAGGAAUAAUACACGUCAAGAUGCUUCAGGGAUAAAGGUUGAAGAUGAUGUGCUUUCUCAAGAAAAUGAAACAUUGAACUUAAUUCAAUCUCUAGGUGGAAAGUUUUCUGCUGGUGAUUUUUAUGAAGAGAUAAAGAAGAAGGGAAUAAAUAGCGACAUUUCAAUUGAUUCAAAGAGGAAAGAGUUUGAGUCUAAGCGAAUCUUCCCAAGAUUCGAUCCAUUGGAUGUUAAAUUGGCACAUUACAGAAUCACUGCAAUGAUGUUCCACCCAUCCACCACCGAUAGAGUUGUGGCAGCUGGCGAUACGAAUGGUAAUGUGGGAAUUUGGGCCCCAGAUGCAACAUCAGAGGAACCAACUACCUCCAUCUUUCGUCCGCAUGGUAAAAAUAUUUCAAAAAUAUUAACUCCUUCAACUCAGUUGGAGAAAUUAUAUUCGGCUUCAUACGAUGGCAGUGUAAGAUCACUAGAUCUCAACAAAUUGACAACUUCAGAGGUUAUUUACUUGAAUGACCAGGAUGUGGCCUUGGGGGUUAGUGAUAUCAACUUGGUUCGCGAAGAUCCAAAUUUAUUGUACAUGACCACACUUGAUGGCUUGUUUUGCAGACAUGACAUUAGAACUAAAACAAAGAAGCAUACGGACUACCUUAGAUUACACGACAAAAAGAUAGGUGGCUUCGCUAUUAAUCCAAAUAAUUCCUAUCAAGUCGCAACCGCUUCACUAGACAGAACCUUGAGAAUCUGGGAUUUGAGAAAAAUUGGACAACUGGAAUAUUCAGAAUUUGAGAACCAAAAAAGCCCUCACAUGUAUGGGAACUACACUUCACGUUUAUCUGUUUCCUGCGUUGACUGGAACAUUAACAAUCAUUUGGUUUGUAAUGGUUAUGAUGACCAAAUUUGUAUAUUCAAUUAUAACGAGGAUCCUAUAAUUACCGACUGGGAAUCCAACUUCAUGCCCAACUUUAAAGCUGGCAAACACAGCAAUGACAAUGAAAUUAUAUUGCCAAAUAAUCUUCACCCAAUGAAUAAGAUAAGACACAACUGUCAAACAGGAAGAUGGGUCUCUAUCUUGAAGUCAAGGUGGCAAGAAAACCCACAGGAUGGCAUGCAAAAGUUUAUUAUAGCCAAUAUGAAUCGUGGUAUGGACGUAUAUGAUCAAAAAGGUAAUAUCUUGGCUCACUUGAAUGAUCAAAUUGGUGCUGUACCUGCCGUCUGUACUCUACACCCCACACAAAACUGGGCAGUAGGAGGGAGCGCUAGUGGUAAGAUUUAUCUUAUAGAGUAA